AUGUCGUCGGCCAACCAAAAUGAAGUCGGCGACCAAUUGUCCAUUAAUAUAGAGAAUAACUCUACAGAACCAGUGCCACAUUCGUAUGCACGCACUUCUGCUGAUUAUGUUGCAAACGAUUUUGAGGAACCUGAAGAAACAAGUCUCUUGUUGGAUGAUGGUCAAAUAAAGAAAAAGAAGGUUAAAUGGUUAAGCAAACUCGGGGAUGGUACCUUUAAAUGGAAGACCGUACUUAAAAUUUUAUUGUUAAUUGCUUUUAUUGGGUUGAUAGUGGUUCUUGCAAUGGUUUUCCAUAUACAAGACCAUAUAAAAGAUGUGCUAAAAUAUAUUGAAAAACAUCGUGAAUAUGGAAUUUUGAUCUAUAUUGGUGUUUAUACUCUUUGCGUGUGGACCUUUUUGCCUGGAUCCAUCAUAAGCAUUGCUGCCGGUUUUCUUUUCAAGCCUCUCAUUCUCGCUGGUGCAAUUAUUAUAGUAGGAGAUUUGUUGGGAGCAUUCGGAACGUUUAUCUUUGGACGUUAUAUAUUCUCUGAUUGGGUACGAGCACAAAUCGCAAAGCGACCCACGUUCUUGGCACUUAAUAAUGUGAUUGUUGAUGAAGGUUGGAAGAUUGUUCUUAUGCUUAGAUUGACUCCGCUUCCAUUCAAUUUGAUUAGUUUUUUCUUUUCUGUUAGUUCAAUCGAGCUCAUUCCUUUCCUUUGGGCAACCGCGCUUGGUGUCUUGCCAGGCACAUUUAACGCUGUCUGGAUCGGAUCAUUGGUAAAAAGUUUGAGUGGCAUUGAUAGGCCGAAAUUGCAUGAUAAAGAUAUUGUAAUUAUCGCAAUGAAUUUUACCCUUGUCGCCUGCUGCGUGAUUUGUUUGUCGAUAUUUGGCAAACGCUCGAUGAGAAAAUCUUUAAUGAAAUUACAAGCCUCUAAAGAAUCAAAUCCAUUGUUAAAUCAAGGCGCUCAAACUCAAACAAAUGCUUCCACCUCAUCAGAGAACUUAAUUGAUGAAGAACCGCUAUUAAGAUCGCGAAGUGGAUUCACAUCACUAGAGAAAAAAAUAAUAUAUAUUAUGCUUACCGUGGCUUUUCUCGAUCUUGCAAUUUGCGUUCCAUUGUAUUUUUAUUUUCGCUCUACUGAAAAAAAGUGA